GGGGCAAGUAACUCGUGGGUCACCUGCUUUUGAGGGAUACCAUCUAGUCAUAACCUAAAAAUACGCGAUGUGAGGAAUACUUUCGGCAUGGACGUUGGAAAAUAACGGGUCGGUGUAAUGACCUGAUAAGUGUAAUGUCCUGAUUGACCUGAUGGACAAUAAUUCUAUCUACACUAAAGCAUAUUUUAAAAAUAGAUAUUUUAAGAUUUUAUCUAAUUAAAUAUAAGUUUUCCUUUCAUAAAAUACUAAUUUUUUAAAAAUAUAUGCAUUUUGAUGCAAAAUAAUGCUUUAGUGUAGAUAGAAUUAUUGCCCACCUAGUCAAUCAGGACAUUACACUUAUCAGGUCAUUACACCGACCCACUAGAUUUACCGCUUUUUGGAAGGUGAAAACUCUGGUUUUGGUACUUUUGUAGAAGAAUUCUCAGAAAAAGUUAAUAUUUUUUAUAUACCUAGGUUACAAACAGUACACUGUGCAAAUUGUGUGUUAUUACAUGGAGCAUUAAGAGAGAAAUCUGCAUCAAGAAAAAAAAUCGUUAUCCGCGAUUUUCGGGUUUCGGACGUACUACAUUUACCGCUUACCAUUUCAUGCUCGACUUACUAUCUUCCUUUACUAAAAAAAAAAAAUGGCGUUCAGACCGCAUGACAAAAGACACAGAGAUUUACAAGAGGAUGUUAAACCUCCGAACAGUCGAUUAUUCAUUUUGUGCGGCAAAGGAAUAACAGAAGAAUCAUUUAAAGAGGCGUUUGAAAAAUAUGGCACGGUAGAAGACAUAUGGAUAGUGAAAGAUCGCAAAACCAAUGAGGACAAGGGUGUGGUUUAUAUCAAGUACUCAAAGGCUUCAGAAGCAGCUCUUGCUUUGGAGGAAAUGAACAUGAAAACCCUGCCUGGUCACCCAAAACCUCUCAAGGUUAUCAUAGCCAGCAGCAAGAGAGAGGGGGCUGUGCGGGAUCCCCGGGAGGACGAGAAAAAUCUCCGCUUGUUCGUCAUCUGUCCCAAAUCCUACAGCAAAGAGGAUCUCCGAAAGGAGUUCGAAAAAUAUGGUGACAUUGACUCGGCGAUGGUGGUGUCUGACAAACACUCAGGAGAAAGGAAGGGCUUCGGAUACAUCCGUUUUCACCGACCAUACCAUGCGGCCCUAGCUUUCGAGAAUUGUGACCCUUCUUUUAAGCCGAAGUUUGCGGAUCCAAAAAAUUCAGAAAGGCGGGAGAGAGAUCGAGAUUUUGAUUCGUUUGGUGGAGGGGGUGGGUUUGGGGGCGGAUUUGACAGGGAGAUGAACAGAUUCGGUGGAGGAUACAACGACCAUGACAACAGAGAUAGGGGAUCUAAGCGACAUUACGAUCAAAUGCGAGGGCCUCCACGGGAUAUCUACGAUGCCUACAUGCAUGAAGGACCCUCCGGACCUCCACCAAUGCCAGUUCCCAUUGGCAAGGGUCCCAUGGAUAUGUUACAGUCCUACAACACAUCCACUCCUUGUACCAGGCUUCAAAUCACUGCCCCCAUAGGACUAACCCAGGGAUACCUGACUCGGCUCUUCAGUCUCAUCCCGGGCCUCGAGUAUUGUGACCUCAAUGAAACCACAGGAGUGGCUUAUGCUCGUUAUGUCAGUCCUCAGUGUGCGUCCUACGCUCGUGAUAAGCUGCAUGGGUUCGAGUAUCCUAUCGGCAGUCGUCUUAUGGUGAGGUUUGCUGAAGACCAGAGACCAAUGGAUGGGCCCCCUAUGGGAGGGCUCGGCAUGAUGGACCCGAGUUAUGGAGGUUAUCCUGGACCAAGAGGAGGGGGAGGCCCACCCCCGGACAAACAGAAUGAGACGCUCCGCAGGGCAGCAGCAGUGUUGGAGAAAGCUGGCCUGAACCCAGAAACCAUUCUUAACAACUCGUACAACUUUGAGCGUGUACCGUACUGCUCCAUCCCACUUCCUCCACCCAAGCAGAUGUUACCUGAGGAUUCGGAUGUCGCUCAGAGGCUAUUUGUAGUUUGUCAGCCAUCAGGAAUCCCGGAGAAAGUUCUCCGGGACGCAUUCUGUCGGAUGGGGAAUCUGAUUGAUGUGUACUUGUUGCCAGCUCGAAAUUAUGGGUAUGCAAAGUUUGCUACCAAAGAGAGUGCUAUGAAAGCCAUUCAGACUUUACAUGGGCAAAACCUGGCAGGAAAUAGACUAAAGGUUCUGGAGGCUGAACCACCCCGGAACUCAGAAGACGAGGAACCUUCCAAAAAACAAAGAAUGUAAAGGCAGAUACUGACCUGAAGAAUUACGACUGACGACAUUAUACAGAAAACAGGAUGCCAAAGAACGACAACUCUGGAUGACAAAAGGAUGACAAAGGGAAAUAACUCUUGACAAAAAACACCUGACGAUAGAGUGAUCCCUCAAUAAAAUUGUGGUAUCCAAUGGACAAAUUGAAUUCUGCAAAUAUUACUGACAUUAUCCGUUGUUGAUUAUUUGUCGUUGCAAAUAAGUGUCACUGUAUCGUAUUAUUUACUAGUAUCAUUAGCAUAGGUCCAAGUUUUGUUGUGUUCAGUGGUUUCUAAGUUGUAGAAUACAUUUUUCAUUGCUCCUAAAGAGAUUAGAAUAAUUACAUCAUAUGCAAAACUACAGAAAUUUUGGCUAACAUUUGGUAGGUUUUUCAAGCGGCAGUAAUUUUCAUGUAAACUUUGCUCUUCAAUAGAUGUAUGUCAUUCUUUAGUUUUAUCAUUAUUCAUUCACUUCUUCUUUCAUUUUUACAUUUCACUAUGGUCUUAUGGCGGUGUACAUAUUGACUUUAAGGGUUGGAAAAUUGAUGUAAAGCAACUUUUUAGAGAAUGUUUCUCAUACAAUUGUACAGAUUGGUGUUUAUACAAAGUCGAGAAAAAAAAUAACAGCAAUCAAAGCAAAAUUAAAUUGUCCAUCUUCACUUCAAUUUUUUAAGAAAUGAAAUUUCAUUCUGACAUUGAGCUCAAAUAAGAACUACACACUCAGGUUAGGAGGUAAGCUUGUUAAAACUGAGGUGAAUUCUAAACAGAAGUUGUAAUGUAGACACAUGUGACGCAAAUUCUGAUUUAUAGAACUCUACAGUCAGUCAUCUGAUUUAUAGAACUCUACAGUCAGUCAUCUGAUUUAUAGAACUCUAAAGUCGGUCAUCUGCUUUUGAAUGAGCACUUACUGAGUGACUACAGUUUAUUUACUGAAUGUGAAUGGUCAUCAUACUUUCAAGAGAGAAACAAGUCUAAGCAGCUUUAAAUUCUACAUUAGUUUCUUUUUCAUAAAAUAUGAGGAUCCUAUUUUCAACAAUAUUUUCAUCCGAACUUUAAGUCUAUAUCUAUGUAUUUGGAAUCUUCACUUAAUCACCAAAUUUGCUUUUUAUUUGAUUUUUUUAAACAUGCAUGUAUUGUAAUAAAAGAAAGCCAUUUUAGAGAAAUGUCUCGUCUGUCAUCAUAGUCAUUAAAAACCAAUGACAAUAUUAUUGGUACUAUUUAGUAUUGCAGAGAAUUGUUUGUCAUGGUCGGAAAAGGUGUGUCCCAUGUUCCAACUUUUGAUGUCAUAAAACCUAAAUGAUGAGAGAGAUAGAGGUCAAUCAUGUUUAGAUAUCUCCCCCACCCCCCCACCCCCACUCCCCACCCCCCAUGACAACAGAAGGGAGUGUGCAAGAGUGUCUGUAUCUCUGUCUACGAGUGCAGAGUUGAAGACAGCGUACACAUUGUACAUGUAGGUCUUAUACCACAUUAUCACAAGUAAUAUACCAUUCAGACCUGCUCACAUUCUGACGUGUCUGUAGACGAACCAUGUCAUAAAUUGUUCAGUUGCUCUGACGAAGGCUAGGAUUUAGCCGUUUUCCUCAGAUCACAAAUAUUGUACAAACUAAAUGUGGUUGCAUAGUACAUCUAUGGAUGUUUUACAUGAUAAAGCUAAUCAUGUCAAAUGAUUUAUGAUUUGAAAGCUUAGUCACUGCCAUUGAUACGCUUUGGGGUAAAGUUGAGACCUGUGCAUGAGACAUACCCUGGUAUUUGUUAUUUUUGUAGUUGAGGAAGACCACAAUAUUAUCUGAUUAACAAAAUGGACAGAAUAAUUGGUAUCUGAUUGCCAAUUUACAUACCAACAAAACUGCCUUUGUUGACCAAGCCAUGAAAUUUGAUAUCAUCAAAACUUUAAGAAAUUUCAUUAUGGUUGUAGGGUUUCAGCAGGCCAUAAAGAUUGUGCCUCGUAAAAUUUGAGUACAGGCAACUCAGGAAGUCCCAAGUUGUAUAGACCUUGUGCCCAAUCCCAAUGGCUCAAAGUUCAGUAGAGUAAAGGCAACUCCUGACUCAUUUUCAAAGACAAUGUUGUGUCAGUCAUUCAAAUUCUCAUUUGUUGAAGUGAAGCCCAGUAUCUAUGAAAAUGAUGAAAACCUAGGAAGAAGUCCGCUGUAACAUGUAGAACAAAGGUCUCUGGCUGUAUUGAAUUCAGUUGAAAAUGGCUCCAAGUUUCCGUUACUGUAGAUUAUACUACACGAGUUUUUAAUCGGGUGAAACUGCUGUUCAAAUUUAGUUACUGCGCAUUCCCUAUACUACACGAGUUCUUAAUCAGGUGAAACUGCUGUUCAAAUUCAGUUCAUGAGAGUGUGAAAUCUUGAGUACUAUAUAUCAAAGGACUUGAAUCUAUAUAAAUCCAAUUUAAUAAGUUUCCUGAUAAAAGUACUCGGGGGAAACUAAUUUGUGCAGUAAUUAUUCACAAAUCAUCAACUACUCACAUGUAAGGAAUCUUCAGUGUAUUCAAAGCAAUUAAAGAGAAUGAAGAAAUAUUAUCAUGAUUCCGUUUGACGGACACUGACAAUAUGAGAAGACCACCAGUUUAGGACAAAUGACAGACAUGAGAACCAGCAAAGGUAACAGCGACCUUCAUUGAGUAAUGAAUUACCUUUAAUUUCUUGAUGACUUACUGAGAAUGAUUUAAUGUAUUUGACUCACCACAUGAAAAAGGACCAAAGAUGAUUUUAAUUAGGUAUGCUAGAAAAAUAUAUUUUUAAAUUUUUGUCCCCUUCAAUGAAGUUUACAAUUUUAUAUACUGUAGAAGCAUAUUUAUUAAAGGCAGAUAUUGUUCAUGAUAAAGUUUUUAUUGCAUCAUUCAGCAAACACUGAAAACGUAACUGUACAGUAGUUAAAUGAUUAGAAAGUAUGACUUAUAUAUAAUAAUUUCAGUUUUAUUAUCCAUCCAUUAUAAAUUUUCUGGAAAUCGACAUGCCCCGACUUGGUCCCUUUUCUCAUGCUUUUAGGAUUAUUUUAUGUUUGUUACUUGUGAAGGAAAGCCGUUUAAAAUACAUUAACAAAUCUUGUGUGUUGAAAUUUAAUGCAAAGGCAUCAUAGGGUAGCAUGCUCUAUAUGAAAUUCUCCAUCAAAGUGAAGUCAUGAAGAUAUACCGGUAUAUAUAUAUAUAUAUAUAUAAAAAAGUACAGUCAAUAUUUGAUUCGGUGACGAGACUUUCGUUAUGUUUAUUUUUAAAUUGUUUUCUUUUUUAUACAAUUAAAUAACAGAUGCCUAGCAGCAUGCAUAGGAGGAGAGACUCCUUGAAAAGAUGCUGAAGGAUUAAGGAUCCUUUGUGUUUUAGAUGAGAGAGGGUUUUUGUAUGCAGAUGCAUGGACCAAGAUAAUGGUGAUCAAGAUGAAAGUCAUCCAAUUUUAAGUCAUUUUACAUAAGUUUAAGUGACAACAAUGAAUGUGGCGUGUCCUAUCUUCAUACAAUACGUAUUUAUAUACCCUAGACCACAAUCAGCAUUCUAUAGUGGACUGUAGGAAUGUAAGCAACAAUUAAAAAAUGACCAAGUUUUA